ACCAAAUAAUCAACCAAAGAGAACGUAAUCACUUAGUUUUUAUUCAAUUAUAAAAUUACACUUGUCAUUUUUCAAUACAAUCAAAAUUCUCGUAGAAUACCUAAAUUUAACUACAUUCUAGUCUAGUGUUGAAUCAAAAAAACUACUCCUUAUACACAAUCGACUAACAUCCUCAACAAUGAAUACAAUCUCAACGACGAGUGCUACAAAAUUAUCAAACGUUUUGCGAAAGACCAACGGUAUUUCCGAACACGAUGUAGAUUUGGAAUCCAAUUCCACUAUAUGGACUGAAAACGGUACUCAAACUAAGUUCGGAAAGAAAACAAAACCAGGCACAGUCAUACCAAGAGGAUUAAAACAAAUUGUUCCAACGAAUAAACCAAAGAAAAGAAAAGUAAAAUUAAUGAAUUGGAAGAAAUACCACAGACUGAACGUGAUUUACGCGUUUAUAGAUGAACUGGAGAGGGAUUACCCGGCCAUUUGCACUGUCUCUGUCAUUGGGCAAUCGGUCGAGGGACGCGAUAUUAAGAUGCUAAAGAUAUCAAACAGCGACGCCCGUAACUCAGCUAUAUGGCUCGACGCGUCGAUACACUCUCGUGAAUGGAUAAGCACGGCAGUUGUAACUUACAUAGCUGAUUACAUUGCAAGAAACUUUCACAGUCUACCUACUUCUAUUACUAAUAAGGAUUGGCAUAUUGUACCCAUAUUAAAUCCAGAUGGCUAUGAAUACACCCAUACGCAUGACCGAAUGUGGAGGAAAAACCGAGCGAAAUAUGACGGAGAGCGCGUUGGUGUUGAUUUAAAUCGAAAUUUUAGCUGCGGUUGGGGUAACAACGGUGACGAAGGUUCUUCAGAGGAGCCGAGCAGUGUAUUUUAUAGAGGACCAAUGCCAUUCUCUGAACCUGAAGCGAUAGCAGUAAGAGAUACAAUCUUGGGAUCCACAGUUAUAUUUAAAGCAUUCCUAUCGUUUCAUAGUUAUUAUGAACUGAUUAUAUUUCCAUGGGGGUACAAAAGAGAACCGUGUCCGGACUACUUGAAAUUAUUAGAAGGCGGGGCAGUAAUGGCAAGGGUACAUAAGUUCACGCAAUAUUUGAAAGCAGCGGUGUGACUUACAAAGUAGGGAGCACAAAGGACAUGACAUACUAUGCAUGCGGCACUAGUACAGACUGGAGUUACGCGAUUGCAAAGAUCCCAUAUUCGUACAUGAUUGAAUUGAGGAGCAAAAAAUACCGAUUCAAACUACCCAAAGACCAAAUUAUGGAGACUUGCAAGGAAAUUCUUAGCGCCGUCAAAAGUUUGAUGGAAUUUAUUGAUCGAAAUUAACAAAGCUUAGUGAGUUAUGUCAGUCGGAGUUCGCGAAUGUAAGAGCUGAUAAAAUAUAGUUUCUCGAUUAAACUGUUUAAGGACUAAAAGCGCAUCCUUUGCGAACAGUAGUCGUGAAGAGAAAUCUAAUGGGUCCCAAGCUGGUUAGUUUACCAACAGCCAUAAAAAUAUUCUAGUAAAUAUCUUCCUGGUUUAAUAGCCAGCUCGAAUUAGGUUAUGAGAUACAGAAAAAAUAUACCUGAAGUUUAAUUAAAAUACCAUAUUAUUCAUAGCCACACGAAAAUCAAAAGGCCUGUGGCUAAUUUUGGAACCUGAUGUAAAGACAGCAUCUUUUGAUAUUCAACAAACAUAUUUUGUGACAUUUGAGUCCAAGCAUUUAACUUCCUCAUGCCUAUAAGGGUCAGGCCAGAUUUUUGUGAGUGGCUAUUACAAGUACAAUACAGCGACCACCUUACCAAUCGCCCCAUUCUUUUUUUCCUAUAUAGAAACUUAAAUCAGCCCUCAUUUUCUUUCCUACUAACGAAUUUGAGUAAUAUAUAAAAUUAAUUAAUAUAUUAAUAUAAUUAAUUGGAUAUCAUUGUUAUUGUAAUCUGUAAAAUUGUAUCGAUUUUGAAAAUAAAUAAUCAAGUUUUA